CUCCACUCGGUGGCCCAGUCUGUCGGGGCGGAGCACGGCCUCCAAGGGCCAAGUCCACUGCCCUGAGGACUCCAUGGCCAGUCCAGGUCUUCUACGCUGCAGCCUCAGUGGGCGUGGCAUUCCGAGUCGCUGAGGCUUCAGGACAAGUUCUCUGGCAGUCACAUCCUAACUUUCAGAGCUCUGCGACGAGCCACCUGUCAACAAGGGCUUGCUCCGUGGAAGAGGAAGACUCUGGAGGCUCGUGGCUGUGCAGCGCUGCUUCCCAGAUUGUGAAGAAAUGCGAGGCUCAAAUAACCCUCCCUCUUCUGCCCCCUAAGUCCGCCAUGGGUGUUGGGAAGUCAAAACUAGAUAACUGCCCUCUUUCCUGGCAUAAGAGACACAGUGAGGAUGCAGAUCAAGACUGCCAGGAAUCAGUGGCCAAGAACUCUAAGGACGUGUGCUUGCAUGGUUUUGUGGAGCAUAGCAAUGGAACAGAGAAGCCCAUGGGAGAGCAGGAGGGAGCUGAGGCAAAGGGAGAGCUGCCUGAGGAGGAGGCUGAAGAAGAAGUCUUCCUCAAGUUUGUGAUACUGCAUGCAGAAGACGACAUCGACGAGGCCCUCCGGGUCCAGAAUCUACUGCAAAAUGACUUUGGUAUCAGGCCUGGGAUAAUUUUCGCCGAGAUGCCGUGUGGCAGGCUGCAUUUGCAGAAUCUAGACGAUGCUGUCAAUGGGUCUGCCUGGACGAUCUUAUUACUGACUGAGAACUUUCUGAGAGACACCUGGUGUAACUUUCAGUUCUACACCUCGCUGAUGAAUUCUGUGAACAGGCAACACAAGUACAACUCCGUCAUACCUAUGCGGCCCCUGAACAGCCCUCUUCCUCGGGAAAGGACUCCCUUGGCGCUGCAGAUCAUCAAUGCCUUAGAAGAAGAAAGCCGAGGCUUUUCUACACAAGUGGAGAGGAUUUUUCAGGAGUCUGUGUAUGAGAGGCAACAGACUGUGUGGAAAGAGACACGAAAUGUGAUGCGAGCACGGCUCGCUGCCUGAGAUGAAGUGUACACCCGGCUUUGCCUCCUGUUUUGUAAACGAAAUGAUUCAUCUUCACUUGAGGAAGCAGCGUCGAAGAAACGCUUCCGUAUGAGUGAGUCGCCUUUCAAGAAAUCUGUGGGGCACGAGAAAGGUACAUUUCUGCAGGCCUAGGAUCGUGGUGCUUUCUGAUGAUAAACUCAAGAUGGUCAGUUUCUAGCAGUUUUUUGAAAAAAUAGUUCAUGGAUAUUCUUAGCUCAUUUCCUAUGUUGAGCCACGAACAGGCAUAUAUGAUAGACAUUUUCAAAACACAAAGUUAAAAAAUCACCUAAAGACAUGAAGAAAAUGCCAACGGCUGAGAGAGGUCUGACUGCCUUCCUUCCUACGUCUCUCAUGAAGGUUACCACAGAGCAUCCUGGUGCUGUCGCCCAGAAACACGGAUGGCCAGAUUGGGACAUGUGCAAAUGGGAGGUCAGAAGUAGACGUCAGAAUGACCACACGUUUGAAAACAAUGCAGCCACAGGUGGUUUUGUUUCUGCUGGAGUUUGGAACCAAUUCCCGCCACGAAUUACCCAUCAUUGCGAGACCGUGGUAGCUAGGAACUAGGCGCAGAUGCCCCCUGACCUUGUCAGUGGGCGUCUGUAACCAGGGCUGUUUUAUCCACAGAGCUUGGGAAGUGUGUGAUUCCCCAGUCGUUUGCCUUAAAGCCAAUAACCUCUUAUGUGAGCCUUAAGAAAUGUCCCUCAUAGAGCCUUAGCCCGUUUGAGACUGGAGCAUGGCAAACAAGUACAAACUGGGUCUGUGGCUAAGGCUGAGUCAUGUCACAUAAUGAGAAAGUGCCCACUGGGGGCAGGAGACCUACUUGCAAGCCAGUCUCUGCCACUGAGGAUGACUGUGCCAGUGGGCAGCUAUCUCCUUUGUCUAUGAAAUGAAAGGGUUGGACAGAUGGCUCUCUAAAGGCUUUUGUGCUCUCUCAGGAUGGGAAAAACUGGAAGCCAGAAAGCAAUCAGCAAAGCCUUAAAUGUUUAUAAGGUGAUACAUAGUGCGCUCAUUGCAGAAGACAUAAUGCAUGCUUACAAUGAAUGGAUAUUUUUGUGUAGUUGCAUCAUAGUUGAUUUUUAAUGGUAGUCACCGAAAAGAAUCUAUACAUGCUUAUUCAGGUUUUUGGUUUUGUUUUUAUUCAGGGUCUCAUUGUGUAGCCCUGGCUGGUCUGACACUUGCUGCAUAGACCAGGUUGGCAUCAAAAUCACAGAUCCACCUGCCUCUGCCUCCAGAGUGCUGGGAUUAAAGGUGUGCGCCACCACUGGCUGACCAGAUUUUUAAAAACUAAAUAAAGAGCUAAAUGUUAGGUACCAAAUAAUUGUAGAUGUUGAAAUUAGCAAGAAAUGAUCACCAAAAAGGAGACAGAGGCCGGGGGCCGUAUCGUGGGUCAGGGUCUAUGUGCACACACAUAGCUUUGGAUACACACAUCGACCAUUCUGAGAAAUUCUGUCACAUGCCAGGAAACUGUCAUCCUGGGUACUCUGUGCCACCCACCCGGAGCUGCCACUGAAGGAUAUUAGGUAUGCCUGAAUAAACCGCUCUCCAAGACCUAAAGAGGAAUUAUUCCAGUACUCAGGAGGCAGAGGCAGGCAGAUCUCAGUGAGUUCCAGGCCAGCUUGGUCUACAGAGCGAGUUCUAAGACAGCAGGGCUGUUACACAGAGACACCCUGUCUCAAACAAACAAGCAAGCAAACAAUUAACUAAUUAAAUAAGAAGUAUAGUUUAUCUAACUUAAUAAGGUACCCUAGAAUGUGUGGUGGCUUAAUGAGGUCACUCAAGACCUAGGUUCUUUCAUACAGUGGAAUAUUAUACAGACUUUAAAAAUGGUAAAAUUCUCACCCAUGCUAUAACAUAAAUGAACAUUAUGUUUAAAACGAAAAAUAUUGUAUGAUUGUUGCAAACUCAUAGAGACAGAGUAAUAGAGACAGAGUUGGGGCUGUAGAGGGAGAAAUGGGAUGUUAAUUUUUCAGUAGUUAAAGAGUUUGGUUUGGUAAAGCCCUGGUUGUAUGCAUUGUGAAUGGACCUAAUGCCAUGAAACUGUACUCUCAAAAAAUGAUAAAAAAAAACCUUCCCAUAGCUGCAUUUUGCCACAGUAACUUUAAAAAGUAAACAACAAUCAAACCCCAAAA